AUGGCGACAGGUAUACUGAAGGUCAAAGGAACCCAAGUCGUUGGCAACGAUGACAAGCCGGUCAUCCUACGAGGCUGUGCAAUAGGAGGAUGGCUCAACAUGGAGAACUUCAUCGUUGGUUACCCAGGCCAUGAGUCGAGUAUCCGCGCCGCGAUGCUGGAGGUCAUGGGCCAGGAGAAAUACGACUUCUUCUUUGACCGGUGGCUUUACUACUUCUUCACGGAAACUGAUGCGAAGUUCUUCAAGUCAUUGGGCCUGAAUUGCAUUCGCAUCCCUUUCAACUACCGCCAUUUUGAGGAUGACAUGAAUCCGCGAGUGCUCAAGGAAAGCGGAUUCAAGCAUUUGGACCGUGUAAUCGACCUUUGCGCAAAGGAAGGCAUUUACACCAUCUUGGAUAUGCACACCGUCCCCGGAGGCCAGAGCCCAGGGUGGCACUCUGAUAACACGACGAGUUACGCCGCGUUUUGGGACUAUAAGGACCAUCAGGAUCGGACCGUCUGGCUUUGGGAGCAGCUUGCAAAGCGUUACAAGGGUCACCCCUGGAUUGCUGGAUACAACCCGAUCAACGAGCCCUGCGACCCGAAACAUGUCCGUCUGCCUGCCUUCUAUGCUCGAUUUGAGAAGGCAAUCAGGGCGAUCGAUCCGGACCAUAUCUUGUGGCUGGAUGGAAACACGUUUGCAGCAGAAUGGAAAGGGUUCGAUACUGUCCUCCCGAAUUGCGUCUAUGCCCUUCAUGACUACAGCAUGAUGGGCUUUCCUACCGGCCGGCCGUACGAAGGCACCGCUGAGCAAAAGGAGAGACUCGAGCGACAGUUUCUGCGCAAGUCGGAGUUCCAGAGAGAGCAUAACACUGCAAUUUGGAAUGGCGAGUUUGGUCCGGUCUAUGCCAACCCGAAAUGGGACGAGAAUGCGGAGGAAGUGAACCAAAAACGCUAUAACAUGUUAGGCGAGCAGCUACGGAUCUACGACAAAUUCCAGAUUCCCUGGUCUAUCUGGCUGUGGAAGGAUGUCGGUUUGCAAGGCAUGGUCUACACUGCUCCCGAUUCGGCCUGGAACAAGCUGAUCGAUCCAAUCCUGGAGAAGAAGAAGCGCCUGCAGCUUGACGCAUGGGGAAAGUAUCCGUCCAAAGAAGUGGAAGACCUCAUCCAGCCGCUCGUCAGCUGGAUUGAUUCCGUCUCGCCUACGGCUAAGGACGUCUACCCGUCCACCUGGAACACUGCAAGGCAUAUUGAGCGUCAAGUCCUGCAGACGUUCCUUGCGGAGACGUUCUGUCAAGAAUUUGCCGAACUGUUUCGCGCCAAGGACCAAGACGCCUUGGAGGAAUUGGCAAAGAGCUUCAGCUUUGACAACUGCGUUCAGCGCGACGGCCUGAACAAGAUCAUGUCCGACUAUGCCGCGAUCGCCACAAGCUCCGCCGGAAAAUAG